CCCAGUGGUCUACACGACCUCGUGAUAACCCAAAUGUAUACGAGACUUUGGCGGGUUUUUGAUCACAGUUGAGCUCACACUCAUCUUCACUUAACUCAGAAAAAAGACUCUAGAAUCCUGUCAAAAUGACUUCUGCGAUGGCACACAAAGACCGCCUCCUCAUCAAGGGAGGAACAAUUGUCAAUGAUGACMAGAUGUUCGAGGCUGAUAUUUACGUAGAAAAUGGAAUUAUCAAGGAGAUUGGCAAGUCCAUUGUUACGCCAGGAGACACCAGGGUAAUCAAUGCAAACAAGAAACUGGUAAUUCCAGGUGGUAUUGAUACACACACUCAUUUUCAGCUUCCCUUUAUGGGCAUGGUCUCUGUUGAUGACUUUUAUAUCGGCACCAGAGCUGCUGUUGCUGGGGGUACAACCAUGAUAAUUGACUUUGUUGCUCCUGCAAAGGGUGAAUCUUUGCUUGAAGCCUAUGACAGAUGGAUGGGCUGGGCAACUGAAAAAGCCUGUUGUGAUUUUGCCUUCCACAUGAUAGUCUCUUGGUGGUCAGAUGAAAUUGCUGAUGAGAUGGGGAUCAUUGUCCGAGAUAAAGGUAUAAACUCCUUCAAAACCUUCAUGGCUUACAAAGGUGUUUUGAUGUUGGAAGAUCACGAGAUGAUUCCUUGCUACAAGAGAUGUAAAGAGAUAGGAGCUCUUGCUAUGGUGCAUGCUGAGAACGGUCACCUUAUUGAUGAGGGAGCAAACGAGAUGAUAAAGUUGGGCAUUACUGGUCCUGAAGGUCAUGAAAUGUGCCGYCCAGAGGAAGUGGAAGCUGAGGCAACUCAAAGAGCAGUCACAAUAGCAAAUAGAGUCAAUUGUCCUCUAUAUGUUGUUCACGUCAUGAGCAAGAGUGCUGCCAGAGUCAUUACAGAAGCUCGACAGAGAGGAAAUGUAGUGUUUGGUGAGCCUAUUGCUGCUGGUCUCGGUACUAAUGGCACAAAUUAUUGGAACACUUGUUGGAGACAUGCCGCAGGUCAUGUGAUGGCACCUCCUCUUCGUCCUGACCCAACCACACCUGACCAUCUCAUGAACUUACUGGCAGAUGAUGAUCUUCAGUGCGUGGGAACUGACAACUGUACCUUCAGUGGUAAACAGAAAGCUAUCGGGAAAGAUGACUUCAGAAAGAUUCCCAAUGGAAUCAAUGGUGUGGAAGAUAGAAUGUCUGUCUUGUGGGAGAAAGGAGUGGAAUCUGGUAAAAUGGAUCCAUGUCGCUUUGUAGCUGUAACUAGCACUACUGCAGCCAAGAUCUUCAACAUUUAUCCACAGAAGGGUCGGAUCGCAGUUGGUUCAGAUGCUGAUAUCGUCGUUUGGGAUCCCGACGCAACACGAGUCAUUUCCGCCAAAACCCAUCACCAGGCUGUUGAUUUCAACAUCUUUGAAGGCAUGAAGUGUCAUGGGGUACCCCUGGUCACCAUCAGCCAAGGACGUGUGGUCUAUGAAAAUGGAGAGCUGAAUGUGGUACGUGGUUCAGGCCGUUUUAUCAAGACGCCUCCCUUCUCAAGCUACGUGUACAACCGUGUACAUGUUAGGGAUAGGAAAUGGGUCCCUCAGAAAGUAGAGCGGGAGCCGUACAAAGGUCCUGUAGAAACGCCUAGUGAAGAAGCCACAGCACGCGUUGUCAGAUCCCCUGCACAAAGGAAAAACCAGGACCAAAACGAACAGAAGAAAUCUGCUCACAGAGAUCUCCACAAAUCAGGAUUUCAACUCUCAGGUGAACAAGUAGAUGAUCAAGUUCCAUACCGUCCAUCUUCUCGCAUUCACAACCCACCUGGUGGCACGUCGUCUCUUUCGUUCAGUUGAACGACAACUCCUCUCCAGCUACCCUUUUACACGCCAAAACAACUAAAUAAUAUGUCCCCGUCCGGGUCGUAUUUGUACUGGAAAGGUUGUUUUUCACGAGAAAAUAAACCUUCAUAUAUGGAACUGUUUUCCUUUUCUCCUUCUUUAACUUUAACAUAGAAAGGCAAAAAUUUGUAGAACCAAAAUGUUUUUUGUAAAAGAAGUUUGAAAGUUUGCAUUUGUCGACAAAAUGGCCGCUAGUUUUUGAUAAAGCGGCCAGGCUACUAAGCAAGAUGGCGUUGGGGAUAUUUUGAUCAAGCUUCUUGUCAAAGGUAUUCUUUCUGGUAAACCAGUGAAUAUAUUUUAAAUAAGGCUAUUUUAGUUUUAACCAAUGUGUGUAGACAAAGAUACAACAGCAGGUAUUGAAUUACUAUUUUUGAUGCUGUGUGUGAAAAAAUGUCAAAAAUACUGCUAUUAAUCUUCGUAGGAGAAGUAAGUUAUUUAGGUAUUCUUCUUAGGGUGAUCCGAAUUGAGCAUAUAAUCGUGACAAUAAAAAGAGUUGUGUGAAAA